UUGGCCAGCGUCCAGGCAGGAGCUCCGGGGCCCGGCGCGAUGGACGCGGUGUUGGAGCCCUUCCCAGCCGACAGGCUGUUCCCGGGAUCCAGUUUCCUGGACCUGGGGGACCUGAACGAGUCGGAUUUCCUCAACAGUGCGCAUUUUCCUGAGCACCUGGACCACUUCGUAGAGAACAUGGAGGAUUUCUCCAAUGACCUGUUCAGCAGCUUCUUUGACGACCCGGUGCUGGCCGACAAGAGCCCUCUCCUGGACAUGGAGCUGGACGCGCCCACGCCGGGCAUCCAGGCGGAGCACAGCUAUUCGCUGAGCGGAGACUCUGCACCCCAGAGUCCCCUGGUACCCAUCAAAAUGGAGGACACUACCCAGGAAGUGGAACACGGAGCCUGGCUGCUGGGACGCAAACUCUGCUCAGUCAUGGUGAAGCAGGAACAAACCCCGGAGCUGCCUGUAGAUCCACUAACCAUGGCCACCACUGCUGCAGCCACUGCCGUGGGCCCUGCCCCGCUGCUGGGCCUCAGCCCCCUGUCCAGGUUGCCCAUUCCCCACCAGGCACCAGGCGAGAUGACUCAGCUGGCAAUGAUCAAAGCAGAGCCCCAGGAGGUGAAUCAGUUCCUCAAAGUGACACAAGAGGACCUGGUGCAGAUGCCACCAACGCCCCCCAGCAGCCAUGGUAGUGACAGCGACGGCUCCCAGAGUCCCCGCUCUCUGCCCCCCUCCAGCCCUGUCCGGCCCCUGGCCCGCUCCUCCACGGCCAUCUCCAGCUCCCCACUCCUCACCGCCCCACACAAACUGCAGGGGACUUCGGGGCCGCUCCUUCUGACGGAGGAGGAGAAGCGAACCCUGAUCGCCGAGGGGUAUCCCAUCCCCACCAAACUCCCGCUCACCAAAGCUGAGGAGAAGGCCUUGAAGAGGGUCCGGAGGAAAAUCAAAAACAAGAUCUCCGCCCAGGAGAGCCGCCGAAAGAAGAAGGAAUACGUGGAGUGUCUAGAAAAGAAGGUGGAGACGUUUACAUCAGAAAACAAUGAACUGUGGAAGAAGGUGGAAACCCUGGAGAAUGCCAACAGGACCCUGCUUCAGCAGCUGCAGAAACUCCAGACUCUGGUCACCAGCAAGAUCUCCAGACCGUACAAGAUGGCUGCCACCCAGACAGGGACCUGCCUCAUGGUGGCUGCCCUGUGUUUUGUCUUGGUGCUCGGCUCCCUCGUGCCCUGCCUCCCGGAGUUCUCCUCCAGCCCCCACACCGCAGAAGAGCACGCCACAGCUGACAGCGUCUACACUGACAGUCAGAUGCCAUCCCGGAGCCUCCUGUUCUACGACGAGGGCCCCAGCUCCUGGGAGGAUGGUCGUGGGGCCCUGCUGCCUGUGGAACCCCCAGAAGGUUGGGAAAUCAAACCCGGGGGGGCAGCCGAGCAGCGACCUCAGGAGCCCCUGAAGCACAACCACCAGGAUAGCUCCCAUGAGACCACCAAAUACCUUGGCGAGGCUUGGCCCAAAGACCUCGGGGCCAACGGCUCCAGCCCCGACUUCUCACACCCCAAGGAGUGGCUCCAUGAGAGGGACCUGGGCCCAAACACAACGGUCCAACUCUCCUAGACGACCAGAACAUGGGACCCAUCAGGACAACAACUUGCCACUAACCCGAACUGGGCUAGUUCCUGCCUCCUGAAAAAGGGUUGCACACCUCCAUCGUCCACCGUCCUCCUUAGCCCCAGAUCUUAGCUGGGCCAACCCCCUACACACACACACACACACACACACACACACACACACACACACACGCCUCCCCCCCCCCAAUUUGGAUUGUUCCCUUGGGCUAACCACUCUCUCCCCGCCCCUCCCCUCUGUCCACAAUCCUCUCUUCUCAGAGCAACCACUCAUCCCCAUUAUCCAAAAUACCCAUAAGAGACCACUGCCCCCCACCAAAGAUACCCCACCCCUACUGUACAGAGACCAAAACCAGAAAUUGUUUGUAAAUAAUGACCUUAUUUUUUAUUAUUGCCAACCCUAAGAUAUUGUAUUUUACCUUUUCCCUCUGCCCUGAAGCCCA